AAUGCCAUGCUCAGGAAGGUGGCGGUGGCUGCCGCCUCCAAACCCCACGUGGAGAUCCGCCAGGACGGGGACCAGUUCUACAUCAAAACUUCCACCACUGUCCGUACCACUGAGAUCAACUUCAAAAUCGGGGAGAGCUUUGAGGAGGAGACAGUGGAUGGACGAAAGUGCAGGAGUUUGGCUACUUGGGAGAAUGAAAACAAGAUCUAUUGCAAACAAACUCUUAUUGAGGGAGAUGGACCCAAAACAUACUGGACUCGAGAAUUAGCUAAUGAUGAGCUGAUUUUGACCUUUGGUGCUGAUGAUGUUGUGUGCACAAGAAUUUAUGUAAGAGAGUAAAAACAUCACUUUACUUGUCAUCUGGGAUGAAGUGGAGAACUGUGAAAAUCCCCAGUAUAAUGAGUAUCUGUGUCUGCUGUUACUAAUGCGGUGUUGUAUGUGACCGUGUGUGUUAUAUCUGAAUCCAUAUCCUCUGUUAAGUGUAUUUUGCUUUCAUUUUUCAUCGCAGACACUAUUCCUUCCAACUUUAUGCCAUCAUUUUUCGUGUCUGCUUUGUAUUUUGUAGUUGUCACUUGCUAUGGUUUCAUCAAUUAUUAAACUUAUUGGGCAUAACUCACA